AUGCCGCUCUCGAGUUUGCUCUGGGUGCUCCUGGCCUUCACCUUCUCUGGAUCCAGUGUAGCCCAGAGAGUUACUCAAGAUCAGCCAGACAUUUCCAGUCAAGUUGGGGAGGUAGUCACCCUGAGCUGUCGACAUGAGACAAGAGUGAGCAGUUACACCAUUUUUUGGUAUAAACAACUUCCCAGUGGAGAGAUGAUUUACCUUAUUCAUCAGGGUUCUUCUAGCCAGAAUGCAAGGGAUGGCCGUUACUCUAUAAAUGUUCAGAGAUCACAAAGAUCCAUCAGCCUCACCAUUUCAGACUUACAGCUAGAAGACUCUGCAAAGUACUUCUGCACUCUCUGGGAACUCACAGUGGUUGAAGUAAUAGGAAAAGCUGAACAAAAACCCCAGAGCUUAAUAAGAGAGAGCCCCCCUGCUGCGGGACCCAGGCUGAAAUACACACCUGCAGACCCCAGACAAGAAAGGGUAGUCCUGUGGUUGCUUCAUCUGUGGUCUGGAUCAGAAGAUUUAAUUCUAAAUAAAAGCUCCUUCUAUGUCAUUUGGAAGCAGGUGUCCAGAGUAACUUUCUACUGA